UGAGGCUUUGGUCCGUGUCUCCCCAUUCUAAGGGAAAUGAGAAUCAAUAGCAAACCUCUAAAAUAGUAGGCGUGUAGAGAGUGUUCAGCAGAUUAUACAGAUACAUAGAUAAAUACAUAGAUAUUAUCUAUAGUUAGUAUAUGCUACACGUGAACCUCCUAAGAUGGCGCAAUUUGAUUGGUUCGCUAUCUCGGGAUAUUGGGCAAUAUCCCAUGAUUGACAUCUCAAACUCAAUAUUGUUUUCAACGCAAAAUGUCAGCUGAUAACAAAUAAACCUUCGGUCUCGGGGGCUAUUCCCCACUAUUCACUUCGCAGGAUAGUGUUGAAAGAUGAACUAAAUUCAACAAAAAGGAGUCGCCCAUAUGUGUUACUGUGCUCAAGAUGUUCUAGUAGAGUGUGUAACACAAUGGCCAUGGCAUCCUCUGUUGACCUGUUCUUCCGGUAAGCAAACUGAUUCUGAUCUAAUGAUGGCGGUAUGGAGGCUUUAAUGUGUUUCAUGACUAGUUUCUCAAAGCAUUCAGCGACGAUAGGGGUGAGUGCCACAGGCCUGUAGUUGUUCAGACCUGCAACAUUUGGUGUCUUGGGAACCGGGACUAUUGUUGCUGCCUUGAGACAUCCUGGGACGCAGGAUGAGGCCAGAGACAGGUUAAAGAUGGUGGUGAGAACUGGAGUUAGUUCAGCCGCACAGUCCUUGAGUAAGUUUACCGGUGUUACACCGAAUUCUGCGACCCACGAAAAGUGUGACCCCAGGUGGCGCUGUUGCAUAUUUUAUGCAGUAUGCACGAGUUUGAAGGAAGACAGGCAUGACAAAAACAUACAUAAAACAUAAGAUCUCCCCCCAACCAAUUACCUUUUUAAUAAAGGUGCUUAAUAGAUACAUUUGAUUGAUUUGUUAGCACUUUACAGACCAAUACAAUCGAUAGGGCGUCCAGUCCGGUCCUUCACCGUUGCUUCUUUACCCAUAAAAAGCUACAGUCUGUGUAAAAUUACGCUGCUUUACCUUUGAGCAUUUCCUAUUGGCUACUGUGUAAAAUGCUGUUUAGAAUUAAUGUUAGUAUCAAGAAAAGAAAGACCCACCCCAGAUCUUAUGUUUUAUUUAUGUUUUUGUUAUAGGCUAAUGCCCACCAUGUUGCAGAAAAUGUAGAUAUACAACUGCGCCCCCUGGGGUCACACUUUUCGGUGGGUCGCAGAGUUCGGUGUAACACCGGUACUUACGACGAUAAUCGCUGUCACUAGAUAUAAAGAAAACGUUGACUUUCAAUCGGUGCUUUUCACUGACAGUAAAAAUAAAUAAAAGUGUCGUUAUUGUAUGCACUGCUGUUCAUUGACUAGCUCCAGCGCUCGUUGCUGGUUGCUAAAUUAUAACUCUCCACUCAUUAUCCUCUGACCAUGCAUUUAAUUGGCUUUGACCGCCAUCAGUUCUCGGCAAUUCCUCAUUCGCCCUCUCACGUCUGACAGGUUUGAAAUGAUACUGCUGUUGGCCAUCAUACAUGUUAUUUGUGUUUUUUGCCACAUCUUAGACGCCAUAGUUAUAGUACUAGGCUGACGCCUCGUUUCCACAUACGUAUGUUUUUCGUAUCUGUGCUUCCGUAACUUUACGGAAGGAGUCGCUAGUGUUUUAUGUACGGACAUGAAUUUAUUUACGGACAAAAGAUGUCCGAUUUGGGGACUCAUCUCGGACUCAGACUCACAGAGUUACCCUCCUCUGGAGCCUCAGGAAGACCUCCAGACCUGGGGCCACCAACUGCACCAUUCAGUCCGAUUUGGGGACUCAUCUCGGACUCAGAAGCAAAGUGGUCCCGCUCCCCUGGAUGAUUCUCAGGACCUCCAGACCGUUGGCAACCAACCUCACCGCUCAGUCCGAUUACGGGACCCAUUUCGGACUCAGACGCGACGUUGUCCCGCUACUCUGGAGCUUCAGGAAGACCUCCAGACCGUUGGCAACCAACCGCCACACUCAGUCCGAUUACGGGACCCAUUUCGGACUCAGACGCGACGUUGUCCCGGCCGUUUUUAGGAGACCGGUACUUUCGAACAUGAGGAUCGACAUAGAGAUAAAAACAAAACCAACCAGGCUUGGAAAGAGAUCUGCGAGGAUUUUGGCCUGCCAGGUAGGCCUAUUACAUGUUUUGUGAAAAACAUAAAAACUUUCAUACGGUAUCUCCGUAAAACGACGGCGAAAGUUACAUUUUUUGAACGUAUAUUACGGACAUACCGGACAGAAAUUUUACGGAGGGGAGGAGUCUCGGAGGAUAAAUGGACAUUACGGAGAAUCACAUAGGAAUGAAUGGACUUUCGGUCGGAGACGGUUGGAUCGCAUACGAGAUUGUACGUAUGUGGCAACGAGGCGUCACAGGCUACCUCCCACCACGUCUCCCCCAACGUGACGUCAUCGCCAAAUUGCGUUAGAAAACACCCGUUACUGCCAAAAACGACAAAAACUGGACUAUUUUGGAGACAUUUUAUAAAUGAUACACAUAUUUUAAGUGCUUUAUUUAGGCCUACCCAUUAAUCAAAACUUCCGGUUAACCUGCACGUAGGUAUUUAAGUCAUAACGUUUCUUUAUGUUUUAAUCUAUGUGGCUUUAUUAAAAAAUAUUUUCAACCUCACUUUGUACUACAGCACUCGACGCAUUUUUUGCAGGAAAUUAAAUUACUAGUUUUAUUUUGAAAUCCUUCAAGCAGCAAGUGCACGACACACGAGGUUACGUCACGGGCAGUCCAAGGUUACGCAACGAUGAAGCGCGUCCACACCUCGGGAUGCGAAGCAAAACUCCUUUGAGUGCGAGGCGCAGAGGACAGGAACGCGAAGUUUGUGACAUGUGAAGAUUAGGGGAAAAACAAGUGGACCGCCAUCAACGGUGAGUUUGGGAGUUGCUGAACAAUCCUGUUCGACUUGAGUGACGGGGACGGACAGGGAACGAAGCCCCGUUGCCAACACGGAUCGCUUCCCCUUUCCCCGGUGUGUCUGAGCGGCCAAUGCGUUCACUCUAAGGAGAGCUAUGACCGAGUACUUGUUGAAAGUCUUGGUUGUCGGUGAUGGGAAUGUGGGAAAGUCGUCCUUUGUCCAUCGCUAUGUCAACGGGCAGUUCAACAAAGACUACAAGAUGACUAUGGGAGUGGAUUUCUCUAUGAAGUUGCUAUCCUGGACAGACACAGAGAAAGUCAGACUGCAGUUGUGGGACAUUGCAGGCCAGGAGCGGUUCAUCUCCAUGACCAGGAUCUACUAUAAAGGCACGUCGGGCUGCGUCAUCAUGUUUGACGUCACAAACCCGGACAGCUUCCAGAGCUGCCGAGUGUGGAAGCAGGACCUGGACAGCAAGGCCAUGCUGCCGGACGGGAACCCAAUACCCUGCAUUCUUCUGGCUAAUAAGUGUGAUCUACCCUCAAGGGUGGUGUCGACCGAGUUCAUCAGUAGGUUUAGUAAGGAGAAUGGAUUUGUGGCGUGGAUGGAGACUUCUGUGAAGGACAACAAAAACAUCUCAGAGGCUAUCAGGAGGUUGGUGGAGGAGAUUCUGUCCAUGCAGUGCGACCUACAACAGACCGGUGAUGUCAAUCAUCUACUGGACCGCCAGCUGGACCCCAACACCGGGUGCUGCUGAGCAGCCCUCCUCCCACCAACAACCUGCAUAUGACUACCUUUAGGACUGCACUCUCUGGGGGCUCAUGAGCAAGGCAUCCAACUCCCUAAACCCUGACCAGAAUCACAGACCUUACUUGACCUUACUGUGUGUGUGUGUGUGUGUGUGUGUGUGUGUGUGUGUGUGUGUGGUGUGUGUGGUGUGUGUGUGUGUGUGUGUGUGUGUGUGUGUGUGUGUGUGUGUGUGUGUGUGUGUGUGUGUCCAAAAUGAUAAAAUGGCACCAAAUGAUCUUCAGGAUUAAAAAAGAGACCAGAUCAAAUGUAUUGAGCACAUAGAGGAAUCUUGGAAGUAUUAAAAGGGAAAAUGUUUUAUAUAUCCGCUCUUUUAUUCCUAGAACCAGAUUAGAUUAUACGUGAAAGGAAGGGAAAAACUUAAAUAGCGUAUGAUGGAGUUCAGGUAUCAAACUGCAGGUAUCAGCCACUCACUAUCAGUGAAUACAAUAAAUGGAAUUUAGAAAAUGUAGUUUCCAAAUUUUCCUUCAUUGGGGAAAAUGAGUGGAUGGAUUAGGGGUAAACAGUGGUGACAUGUUUCUCUAGUUCUGUCCCGUGGCCCUCACUGUUGUCAAACUUUCAGUUCUCCUUUUAUACAGGAACCUGUUGCACACACAGGACUGAGCUCUACACAUAGUUUUGUUUUUAUUUGUUUGUUUUGAAUGAUCACUGCACACCUUUUAUUACUUUAUUACUACUAAACCAUUUAAAAAAAACAAUUUUGCUUCGCUUUUUUUACCUCACUUUCUCUUUGUCUAUUUCGGGCUGGUCCUCUGUAAAUUAUUCUAAAAUAUCAGUGAUUCAUUGAAGACUAAGCUUAUGUUCUCAUCAUUUCUGCAAUUGUAUCGUUGUAAUAGGGCUCACACUCUUUUAUUGCGAUUGUUAUUGCACUACUUUUUCCUUGUUUUCUAUAUACUGUGUGUGCCUAUAGCUUUUUAGUUUCCAUGUUUCCAACAUGAUUUAAGUUCACUUAAGAGAGACGGGAUGAUAUGCAUGUGGAACAAUACAUGGGGAACGCUAUUCAAGAAACAAGUUUAUUUGUUUAUUUUCUUCAGCAUAUUUCUUCUUCAGUUAGUUGAUUUGUUACAGGACAUUGAUGCGGUGUCUUUUCAGGUCACUUGAUGACAUUGUUCUAUCAAACGCCUAAUAAAUGAUUUAACCUUGCAAGGUUUUAGCCCAACACAAGUAAAUGUUGAAAAUACGACAACUUACAUUAAUGGUAAUUUACUAUUCUGUCAACAUAUUGUGAGCACUACCAAAACAGCAUGCUCAAAUUGACGGUUCAAAUUAAAAGAGUCAAGACAGGUUUGAACAACUGAACAGGCAGAAGAUCUAGGUUCACCAUCAUAGUGGGGCCAUGGUGGGGCCAUUGGCCCCACUAGGUGUUGCCCUGCACCAGCAGUGCAGGGCAACACCUUUCAGAUUCUUCAGUUCAAUUCAUUUCACAUUUCUGCUUUUUUAGCAAUGCUUUGCGCUUUUCAUUCAGCUGUCACUUUAUUUGCUCCCACCAUUUACAUUUUUUUAAAUUAUUUGCAUGUUUACAUUGUUUACGCCAUUUAGACUUUUGAACUCUGUUUUCUUUACGUAUUAAAUUAUGUGGCUUUAUUAAAACAUAUUUUCAACCUCACCUUGCACUGCAGCACUCACUGCAUUUUCCGCAGGAAAUGGAUUUUCUAGUUAUAAAUGGUGAAUAUUUUCUCAGGAACUGAUUUUUGAAAUGUUAGUUUUGUUAGUCUUUAAUUCAGUUUGUGUCACGCAUGGAUCCUUAAUAUCGAUAUCACAGCUACCUGUCUAAUGUGGAACUUAAGGUUAGCUUUAUAUAUUAUUGAAUAUUAAUGUGACAUAUUGUGUAAAAUCAAAUAUGCACAAUUAUUGUACUGUGUUGUAAAGGGAUUUACCGAGCACAUUCAGAAGUCAGAAGUAUGUGGUAAACAACCUUCAGUGUGAUAUAUUGAACAGAAGGGGGCAGCAUAGGUCCUUUUGAGUUGACUAGAGACAGCAUAAUAAAAAAGGGGAAAUGUUGAAGUGAAGCAGACAGGAUAUCCAGAAAAUCAUUUCAACACCUCCAUGUAAUACAAGUGUGAUACACUUCCUAGAUAUUUUUUGUGUGUUUUGCCUGACCAAAAAUGAACACAGAAAAUGGGGCAGUUCAAUAUUAAAUCUUUUUCAAACCGAUCAUGAUGGCCUACGCCAUGUUAUAAUAAUGGAAAUCGUAUCCAAACUACAUUAAAUAUUAUAUGAUAAAGUAUGUGUAGAAAAAAACAUGGUGAUAAUUCACCAACCAAUUUUCACCGUAUUUUUUCUACCAGUUAUAUUUUACAAAUAUGUAUAUUAAGCAGCACAAAUGCUCCAGCUGUGCUGCUAUCUUGGGCUUAUUCUAAGCCAUAAUUAUACUGAUCACCUCUAUACGUUCCUAUGAAAACACAUGGCAUUU